AUGUUGUAUUCUUCCCUUCUCGUUCUGGCUUUACAGUCUGGUCUCUCCAUCACUGGAAAACGUGGUCUUGACAAUUCUGCCAUAGCGAAGAAGUACUUUGGCAAUGAUGCUCCGUGGUACCAAGACAGAAUUGCAUAUUUUGAGUGCAGCGACCCGCAAAUCACCGAUGUUUGGUAUUACCGCUGGAAGAUUUUCCGAGCACAUCAACGAGACCUAGGUGCAAAAGGUUACAUUUCAACAGAAUUUCUAGACGAUGUGGGCUGGCAACUGCAGCCUUGGGCUUCUCUCAACGACGCGACCGGAUUUCAUAUUGGAGAGGGCAGAUGGAACCGAGACAGACGCUUCAAGGACGACUACCUUCGCCACAUGUUGACCGGAGGUGACGACAGACACUUCACCGACUACAUAAUGGACUCUGUGUGGGGUUCCUACCUGGUGGAUAACGAUGUGCCGUCCGCUACCCAAUAUCUCGACCAGAUGAAGACACUUUUCAACGCAUGGAAGGACCAUUUCGACACUUCCAAGGGCUUGUACUGGGUCGAACCUCUGCUAGAUGCCACCGAAUACACCAUCUCAUCUAUUGAUGCUUCAGGUGGUCAAGAUGGUUUCACUGGGGGAGACUCCUUCAGACCCAGCGUCAACAGCUACAUGUAUGCCAACGCGAAGGCGAUUGCCAAAUUGGCCGGUCUUCUGAACCAAGCAGAUGUCACUGCCGACUACAACGCUCGAGCAGCUGCGAUCAAGAGCAAUGUUCAGAAGAGUCUUUGGAACAGUACCUUCUCUCACUUCAUUGACAGAUACAAGGUCGACAACGACUAUGUCAACUAUUGGGACUUCAUCCGAGGCAGGGAACUGGUUGGAGUACUCCCAUGGACCUUUGAUCUACCCGACAACUCUUCUGAAUAUGCUUCGUCUUGGAAGCACGUACUCAACUCGAAUGAGUUGGCAGGUCCGAAGGGACUCCGCACUGUUGAGCCCAGCUACCAAUACUAUAUGAAGCAGUACCGUUACGAGGGAAGUCGUCCUGAAUGUCAAUGGAAUGGUCCGGUCUGGCCAUUCCAAACUACACAGGCGUUGCUAGCAAUGUCGAACCUGCUGGAUCACUACCAGCAGAGUGUCGUGACAAAUGCUGACUAUAUCCGAAACUUGAAGCAAUACACUCAGCUUCAUUACCAAGGUUCAAGUAGCACGCUCAACCUGCAGGAGGACUACUACCCUGACACCGGAGAAGCAAUUGUUGGCCUGGCUCGUUCUCCCCACUACUUCCACAGUGGCUACAUUGACCUCAUCAUGACUGGUCUCGUGGGCAUUCGACCUCGUGCUGACGACUUCAUUGAGAUCAAUCCUCUGAUCACAAGCGCCAUCACCUACUUCCGCGUGGAACAAGCGCCAUACCAUGGAACUAACGUUGCGGUCCAAUGGGACGCUGAUGGCAGUCGUUACGGCCAAGGUGCUGGUCUACGUGUCGAACGGGAUGGCGUUGUCAUUGCCACUUCUCCCACUUUGAAGCGUUUGGUCGUUCCUUACCAGAAGAAGGCCAUCAUUGGCAUCAACAGACCUAUCGCCAAAAGCAUCCAACUACAAAGCAACACCAAUUAUCCUAAGGGUACCGCGUCUUCUGGCACCGACGUUGAGAAUGUCCACGAUGCCAUCGACGGCCGCGUGUGGUUCUUCCCAGAGCUUGUCAAUGGCUGGAACAGUGAUGCCAACUCUGCAACCAACCAGUGGUACACUAUCGAUUUCGGAAGCGCUACACAGAUAUCGAGAGCCGAGCUUGCCUUCUUUGACAAUGGCAACGACUUUAGAGCUCCUACGGCAUACUCGAUACAGGUGCUGAGCAAUGGCAAUUGGGUUGAUAUCGGCGGACAGCAGAAGAGUGCAGUGGUGGCGAAUGGUAUCACGAAUGUGCAGUUCACCUCGACUAGUGUCUCGCAGGUCAGGUUGGCCAUGACUCAACCUUCUGGCAAGAGAACUAGACUGGUGGAGGUCAAGUACUUUUGA